UUUGUGGGGUGGUCCCCCCAGAAAGAUGGGACCAUUCAGAAUCUUGAGACUUGUGUAGACAGUGCUUUUAUGUUGGCCUCGAGGACAAACAGAUAGGGAUGUAUAGCAGCAACUACCUGCCACCGGUUCACCUCUCCUCGAGCUGAGCAGGUAACCCGGUGGAAGAAUCUCGGUCUUGACGACUAGCUGGACUGCCCAGCGCUUCCCGCUGGAAGAGGAAUGAGCUGCUGUUGUGGGCGUGCUUCUGUGUGGGUAUGAUGUUUAGGGCUUCUUGGAAAGAAGGAGCAAGGAACUGUCUCAGCAGGUGGGGCUCUGGGCCCUGCUCCCCGUCCACCCCGAGGAGGAUAUGGAUGUUCAGGAGGAUAUGGAUGUUCUGGUGGAAGCACCUCAUCCUCUCACCUGCUCAGGCCAGAGACAGGGUCUUGCUCUGUUGUCCCGGCUAAAGUGCAGUGGUACAGUAAAAGUUUACUGCAGCAUCAACCUCCUGGGCUCAAGUGAUCCUCCUGCCUCAGCCUCCCAAGUAGCUGGGACUACAGCAGGUCCAACGGGCGCUCCUCCAAGCAGAGCCUUGGAGGGCAAGGCCGGCACCAUUACCUCCAACGAGUGGAGCUCUCCUAACUCCCCCGAGGGGAGCAACGGCUCUGGGGGCAGUCAGGCACUGGACAAGCCCAUCGACAAUGAUGCAGAGGGCGUGUGGAGCCCAGACAUUGAGCAGAGCUUCCAGGAGGCCCUGGCCAUCUACCCACCCUGUGGCCGGCGCAAGAUCAUCCUGUCGGACGAAGGCAAGAUGUAUGGUCGGAAUGAGCUGAUCGCGCGCUACAUCAAGCUCCGGACAGGGAAGACCCGCACCAGGAAGCAGGUCUCUAGCCACAUUCAGGUACUGGCUCGCCGCAAAGCCCGUGAGAUCCAGGCCAAGCUAAAGUUUUGGCAAGGAGCUUUGCCGGCCAAGCCGGAAUGUCCCAUGAGGUUCGAGUCUCCUGCGGGGCCCAUGCCGUCACCCUCAGCACCCCCGGCACCCCCAUGGCAGGGCCGGAGCGUGGCCAGCUCCAAGCUCUGGAUGUUGGAGUUCUCUGCCUUCCUGGAGCAGCAGCAGGACCCAGACACGUACAACAAGCACCUGUUCGUGCACAUCGGCCAGUCAAGCCCAAGCUACAGCGACCCCUACCUCGAAGCCGUGGACAUCCGCCAGAUCUAUGACAAGUUCCCGGAGAAAAAGGGUGGACUCAAGGAGCUCUUUGAACGGGGACCCUCCAAUGCCUUUUUUCUCGUGAAGUUCUGGGCCGACCUCAACACCAACAUUGAGGACGAAGGCAGCUCCUUCUACGGGGUCUCCAGCCAGUAUGAGAGCCCCGAGAACAUGAUAAUCACCUGCUCCACCAAGGUCUGCUCUUUCGGCAAGCAGGUGGUGGAGAAAGUGGAGACAGAGUAUGCUCGCUAUGAGAACGGCCAUUACUCAUAUCGCAUCCACCGGUCGCCACUCUGUGAGUACAUGAUCAACUUCAUCCACAAGCUGAAGCACCUGCCUGAGAAGUACAUGAUGAACAGUGUGCUGGAGAACUUCACCAUCCUGCAGGUGGUCACCAACAGAGACACGCAGGAGACCUUGCUGUGCAUUGCCUAUGUCUUUGAGGUGUCAGCCAGCGAGCACGGGGCGCAGCACCACAUCUACCGGCUGGUGAAAGAAUGAGAGACUCGGGGAGCAGGGAGGGGGAGGACACGUGUGUGCAGGAACCGGGGAUGUGGGGAGGGGCCCUGCAGGGGUGGCCCCUGAAGUGCCAAGAGAGCUAAGAGGAGUGGUCGUGACUUUCUCUCCAGGAGCAAGCUGCCUGAACCUGCAGUGCCCAGCCCCAAAUAAACCCAAGAUGCUGUGUAUUUUCAGA